CAAUAUUUUAUGAAUAAACAUUAAGUUUGAGUUGGUCGUCACGCACGAUCGAUAGAAAUCGAAGAAACUCGGUGUUAUUUCCUAUAAAAAAUUAUAUUGUAAACGAAAUCCUCUCCCUAUACCAACUAAUUAUUUAUUCGGCUUUGAUAAGGAGUUUGCAUGCCAUCUAACAAUCAAAAUAGUUAAAAUAUAAGGUAAACUAAGUUUUUCCUCUUUCUUUAUUAUCAUUCUUUUAAAUUAACCUAGUAGUAAUUAAAAUUCCCAAUGCGUAAAAGGUUGAAAUGAAAUAAAUGAUUAAUUGGUUAAUUAACGUCUUUAACCGACGUUCCGCCACGUAAAUUCAACCAAUACUCAUAUAUGCUUUACUUCCUUUUUAAUUUAUUUUUAUGUUAUUUUAUUAUUUUCUCCAUAUUUUUUUUUCACUUUCUUUCCUUAUCAUUUCCAUUCUUGUUGGGCACGUUUCUCCGGACGACUCGGGAAAUUUGCGGACAGUCGAGAUGUUUAAACACGUGACUCAUGUACAAUGUAACGUUUGCGUGCUCGAAUUUGCAGAUCAACACUGACAUCUGUACGCAUCGUCGGCUUUUAUUACGCAACAAUUCAUUGGAAUUUUAACGACUUUAUAACCCGCUUGGAAAACUUCCCAAUCGAAAUUCGAUACUCUUCGAAAUCGAGCGUAAAACGAGCAAUUUUGAGUAUAAUUCACUAAAUAAACUGCAUUCCCGCAUAAACACUCAGUUCGUCUUUUAUUCAAAGUAACGGAUCGAGAUGUUCUGAAAUACACAAUAAAUUUUAAUUAUAGCUAUUUUGUUGAUAAAAAAAUUAAAUAUAAAUAUAAGAAUCACAUGACCCAUUUAUCACGUGGUUGCUCAAUUGUUCCGAAGGUCGAGGCUGCUUGUCCUUUUGAUGAUCUUCGGUUUUUAGCGGAAGUUCCCCCAAAGGUUAUAAUGGCCUGUGUAAAAGAUUUCGAGGACUACGCCUAUAAGUACUUACCUAAAUCUGCUUUAGAUUAUUACAUCAGUGGCUCAAAUGACGAGCAAACAGUCAAUGAUAAUAUUAAGGCGUUCAAGAGAUAUAAAAUAAGACCAAGAAUAUUACGAGAUGUUUCUAACAUUGAUACAAGUACAACAAUAUUGGGAUAUAAAAUAUCUUUUCCCGUUUGCAUCGCUCCAACAGCAAUGCACGGCUUAGCUCACGACGAGCGCGAGAUUGGAACGUGCAAAGGGGCGUUUCGAGCCGGAACGGCCUAUACACUAAGUACCAUAGCUAAUUCUUCAAUAGAGGAAAUUGCCGAAUCCAAUCCAAAUGCUUUAAAGUUCUAUCAAUUAUACAUAUUCAAAAAGGAUAAGAGCGUAACGGAGGAGCUUGUCAGGAGGGCAGAAGAAGCCGGCUAUAAAGCUCUCUUUCUGACUGUUGAUUCGCCAUUCUUCGGUAAGAGAAUAGCCGAUGAAAAGAAUAAUUUCAAGACACCAGCCCAUCUAAAAAUGGCCAAUUUCGAGUCAUUAAAGGGAUAUUCUAGGGACGGUGUUAGCAAAAAUUCCGGAAGUGGGUCGGGACUAGGUGAAUAUUCUAGGAGGUUAUUUAGUUCUUCUGUCACCUGGCAAGAUGUUAUUUGGCUAAAAAAUUUUACUAAAUUACCUCUUGUACUAAAAGGAAUUUUGACCGCCGAAGAAGCAAGAAAGGCAGUCGAAAUUGGAGUGAGCGCAAUUGUCGUCUCGAAUCACGGUGGAAGGCAAUUAGACGGUGUUCCUGCUUCGAUUGACGCCCUUAGGGAAGUUGUAAAGGCUGUACAAGGGUCGAACGUUGAAGUUUACUUGGAUGGAGGUGUUCGUUUGGGGACUGACGUUUUUAAAGCCAUUGCGUUGGGAGCGAAGGCCGUUUUCAUUGGACGCCCAGCACUUUUUGGCUUAGCGUACGAUGGAGCAGCAGGUGUUGAAAAACUAUUAAACAUACUGAAAGAAGAGUUUAAUACGUCAAUGGCUUUAGCCGGUUGUCGGAACGUGAGAGAAUUACAAACCGAAGAGUCUUUAGUUGUUCACGAGUCUUAUUAUUCAAGAUUAUAGGCCUAAUGAAGUGGAUGCAUGAUUCAUUAUUAUAAAAUAUGAUUAUCAAAUGCCCAGGAAAGCAAAAAAAAUUAGUAUUGCAACAUUAUUCAUAUCCCUAUAAUAGAAACAUAAAUAUUCCUUAUUAGUACAUCAAUCACAUCCUAAUCUUUUGAAUAAUCUCCCUUAUCUGAUUAGCAAAAAUAUAUAUAUAUAUAUAUAUUUGUAUUCAGAUAAUUAUUAUAAACAGUUAAUAUCAUUCAUUGAAAAAAAAAUCUAAAUAGUCAUAAGGAUAGCUUACUUAGAGUAGGAUGCAUUAUACAUAAAAGUAACGAACCGAAUGCAUCUUCCCAUAGUCAUUAGUAGGCGUCGAAAGACUUUAAAAUAUUCAUUAUCUUCCAUUUCCAAACACUAACCUCCUUUUUUUUUUAUCUUUCUUACUUAAGUUUCUCUUAUAGUCAAUAUACUUUUCUUCUAUCUUGCGAUAAAAACAUUAAAGAAUGAAAGUAUCUAAACAAUACUUUUACUGUUCUGCUAUAAGUCUAUAAUAUAACUAUUUAAUGACAACAGAAUAAUAUAGUAAAAAAAAAACAACCCUAACUAUAACCUCUUCUCAAUGUAGCGAUUCACACAAUGAACUACUUUCAUAAAGAAUAAUUGAUAAAGAAAAUAUAUGAAAUAUAGCAGAAGAAGAAGACGAAGAGGAAGCAGAAGUAUAAAUAGACAAUAGAUGUAUAUACUAUAUUCUAUUUCUUCUCUCAUAAACUAUAAGAAUUAUAAAGAAGUUAAUUAAAAUUAUUUAUAUUAUAAAUUUUACUUGGAGAAGGAGGAAGAGUUCAGGCUCAGAUAGCUUAAAAUCGAACAAGAGAUCGAGGGGAGUAGUCUGUUAUGUUGUUAAAUCUUUUAUUAUCCUUUUCUAAUAUAUAAUAGAACUAUUGAAAGAUUUUUUUAAGGAAUACUGUAGUUUUUUACAGUAUAAAUUUAUACUUGUAUUUCAUGACUUCUAUGAUAAGAGUCUCUCCGCUUUUUAUAUAUCUUCAACAUUUUGAAAAUUUUACAUGCUAUAAAUAUAUGGCGUAUCAUAUAACUGUCGUAUUUGGGUCGUGUUUCAUAGCAUUGAAAGUGCCACCUUUAGGCCCGGCCAAUAUGAUAUUUGUUUAUAAAUGGAAUAGGUCACGUGAUCAUUAUUAUUUAUUUAUAAGAGCUGCCUUAUAAGGAGGGGGGCCUAUCGUCGUUAGAAAAUCACAUAUGUAUUUUAUAUAUGGAGUAUACACAGUAUAUUAUAUAUAUAUAUAUACGGUUUAUAGAUAGAUAUAUCUUAGUUUUUCUUCUCUAAAAGGGCUAUUGUUGUUGAAGCUACUUUGAUCAUUCGCCGAAACUAACUCUUCUUUGCAAGCUAGUGAAGCUGUCUCUUUUUGAAGAGAGAGGGAGGAUAGAAAAUUCUAAAACACAGAGCUAACAGAAGAAGAAGAAGAAGAAGAAGAAGAA